AUGAGUCGGCGGCUGUUUGUCGGGAAUUUGUCGUACCAGACGCGGAACUUUGAACUGAAAGAGUAUUUCCAGCGCUAUGGGCGUGUUGUUGAUGUAGUUGUUAUGGAGAGUGUAGUUGGUCGGAGUAAAGGGUUUGGGUAUGUUGAAUUUGAAACUGUUGAGUGUGCGAAUCGCGCGUUGGGAGAUGCGAACCGGAGUACGUUUAUGGGGCGGCACAUUCGAGUUGACUUAGCUACGGAACGACGUGAGAAGGAGGGAAGGAGAGAUGGAGAAAGGCCAAGGAGUCGGAGUAGAAGUCGGGAAAGUCGGAGGAGUGAGUUGCUUGAUGAGCGGAAGCCAGAGAGAGGGGGGAGGUUUGGUUUUUACAGUUCUAAUGGGAUUAGUUCGAGAUAUGAUGACUUUGAUGAUUGUAACUUCGAACCACUUGACCGAGAUCGAAAUAGACGGAACGAGGUUGAGAAAGAGAGUGUCGAUGGCAGAAUGAGAGAACAGUUAAGCUAUCAAAAUCGAGAACGAGAUGGGGAGAGGUUUGAAGAAAAAAGUCAUGGGAGGGAUAGCUACGGAAAAAGCGAGAAGAGGGGGGACACACAUUAUAACAUGUUUGAGGGUGUGAAAUACGAGAGGGCUGAUGAACGUCUACGUGAGUAUCGAGACUUUCCUCGGGAUGAUAUAAAAAAUGGAUGUGAGAGGUAUGACCGCCGAGAAUAUUCAGACAUGACCAAGAUGGGGUUAAGUAAGAAGUGA